UGCCUGGCUCGCGACAAUUUCAUUGCGAUAUUAAAAGAACAAAAAUGCAUCAUAAAGUGGACACAGCCAUCGUAACAGCCUCAUUUCCCCAUUAACUCAAAUUCUGAUAAACCAAUGACGCAAUUACAAUCGAUCAAUUGAUUAGACGAUGCACAGUACGAGGCGAUUAAUCGAGAUUGGCCAAGUACGUCACUGCUGUACAUGAGAGCAUAAACGAAAAAAACAACCAAGAGAGAAGGUACGGGCUCGGCGCAGUGGUCGCUGCGCAGGAGUGGUUUUGUACGUAUAUUUGGGUUUUGGUGGUGGUUGAGUGAGUGAGGCAUCCCAUCCACUAGUAAAAUACCCUAGUGAGUGUAAUGUCUGAUAAGACGUACGAUGGAUAUCCGUGAGUGUUGAAAACAGACAUUUGUGAAUAAUCAUUUUAGUUUUUCAUUUGACAGUUUUCAAAGUACAUAAAUUUCAUCAAUCAGUUGAUCAUUUAUAUUUUAAUAUUCACUGAUAAUACUGGUGUGCGAGUUGGCGGUUGUGUAUCGAGAGACAAAUUUCUUUUUCUCGAUUCGUUCUUUUUUUUUUUGCGUGGCUAAAAGUACGAUGCCCACGGAGACAUAGGCAGUGUCGAGAGUGUUCGAGGCGACAGACGACACACACACGCACAAUCGUGAACGUUUUUAGUUAAAUUGAUUUUCAUUCAGUAAAGAGUUUGGUUAAUUAUUAUUGUGCAAGUGAAUUCAGCUCUUUCUCCGUCUGUGGGAGGAUAAAGGUUUUUUUUUCGUGGAGGAGAGGAGGCUUACAGGGGGAUAUACUUGACUGUGAUACAAGGGUCUUUCUGUCCUUGGCGUUUCGGAGAGAAUUGAAAAAUAAUACAUUAAUAAUGGAGGCUGUUGCUAAACACGAUUUUACGGCCACAGCCGACGAUGAACUCAGUUUUCGUAGGAAUCAAGUACUCAAGAUUCUUAAUAUGGAGGAUGAUAUGAACUGGUACAGAGCGGAAUUGGACUCUCGGGAGGGCUUGAUACCGAGUAAUUACAUAGAAAUGAAGAACCAUGACUGGUACUACGGACGUAUCACGAGAGCAGACGCUGAGAGACUCUUGUCGAACAAACACGAGGGUGCCUUCCUGAUCAGAGUCAGUGAGAGCUCACCCGGUGAUUUCUCUCUAUCUGUCAAGUGUUCUGACGGUGUCCAGCACUUCAAAGUGUUACGAGACGCCCAAGGAAAAUUUUUCCUUUGGGUCGUUAAAUUCAGUAGUCUCAACGAAUUAGUUGAGUAUCACCGUACAGCCUCUGUUUCCCGUUCUCAGGAUGUUAAACUGCGUGAUAUGGUGCCAGAAGAAUGUUUAGUACAGGCAUUGUAUGAUUUCACACCGCAAGAGCCAGGUGAAUUGGAGUUCAGGAGAGGUGACGUUAUCACUGUGACAGAUCGCACCGAUCAGCACUGGUGGCAUGGAGAAAUUGGUAACAGACGAGGAUUAUUCCCAUCCACCUAUGUUACGCCUUAUCACUCAUAGACCCCUUUUUACAAGUUCAACGGACCACGCCAUUACACUCCCCCUCAAUCAUCACAUGUACAGGAUCAGAAUUGAAAAUCGAAGGAAGAAAUAUUCAGCAUUAUCAUUUAGCAACAAUUCUCAUGCUGUGGGCUAUGGAAAAUACAUUUGUAUCAUCAAUUCUCGUAAUUCAGUAGCCAUUCAGUUGCCAUGUUGUAUUUAAUCUCCACUGAAUCACAUUGUUGAUAAACAACGAUUUGUAAUUAAUCAUGUCUGCAGUAAUUAUGAAUUACUUGGAUCAAAUUUUUCUUCGAUUUUCCGAGGAGUUAGUGCAAAAAUAUAAAUUUUUGUAGUCCCACCACCCUCUUCAAUUGCAAGAAAACAAUUUUUAUUUCUGGUGAUGAAUUUUUGACAUGCAUUUUUGUACUUUUUUAGCAAAAGGGUAUAAACCAGAAAAUUAAAUGUUCUAAUUUUAAGAGAAUUCGUCAGGUUUUCAGUAAUAAUGCUAUCCAAACAGCCUGACAGUGUCAGAAAAAAAAAACUAUUGAGGUAGACAACGAUUUGACAACCCUCGUAGCCCACUCUGAGUCAUAAAAAUAAUAAUUUCACUCCUUAGGCCAUAUUAUAUAAAACAAGUACAUGAUGCUUUCUUCAAACGUGCUAUUCUAAACCGAAAAUAUUAUUUUGGACAACUGCAAAGGCCUAUUCAUCUCGUUCAAUGUUUUAAAUCAGAACGAAACUAUGUAUAAAAUGCAAUUACAUGUUUUUACGUUUGCAAAUCAGCGUUAAACAAGAAGCUUAUAUUAUUUUAAGAGUCGCAAUGUUUGCAUCCAUAAAUGGUUAGAUUAAAAAUUAAGUUAUAUCAAGAUUGCAAUGAUAAUUUCAACAUCAGCAAGUUUUUAUUGGUUUUUCUUUUCGAUGGAGGAGAACAAAUCGACUUUCGCCUGAAGGGUUUUUUUAUUUUUAAGUGAGAGCAACUAUGAAUGUGUGUGGAAGAGAAAAUGAAAAGAAUAUAACCAGAAAGAUAGACAGGGUGUGUUGAAAAAUGAUAAAUUAAUAUUGAAAAACCGUAACUAAUUUGGAUAUUUUUAAUAUGAGUCAAAUGCAAGUUCACGAUUCCAAUUUUUAGCUGCUCCAAAUUCGUGAAUAAUUGACGAUUGUUUAUUUGUUAUGAUUUGACAGCCCUUUUCACGAGUCCAAGGAGUAAUCGCUGUGUUCGACUGAUUAAUGCACAGAAUCGAUCUAAGACUUUCAUUGUGAUUUUUUGCAGCCAAAAUUCAUGUUACGUCGAACGACUCGAAAUACUGGCGGGUGUCAUCAACUAUGUGGUUUAUAUUGAUUUAUCUUUUUGUGUAGAAAAAAAAGUGAUUGUGUGCCGUGCGCAGAUGCAAACAGUGUGUAUAUGAAGGAGGAGAAUCCGUGUUUUUCUUUUGAAGAAAGAACAAGCUUCCCCACAUUUUGUUUUAUUAUCGUUGUACACAAAUUAAAAUGAAAUCUCAACUCUUUAUCGUGUAAUUAUAUUAUUAUUACGUUAUGUUUCAAUUUUAUCAAUGACAAUAUAUUAUAUUAACCGAAUGCACAAGUUAUCCCUCGGUACGAAAACGAACUAUACCUUAGGCCUCGUCUUUAUACUCCGAAUUUGCUUCAACUUACGAUAACAAGGUAUAUUCGAAACUUCAAUAGUUUUUUUUAUGAUUAAGAUAAAUUUUAUUUGUAUAAUAUAUCAUUUACAAUAAGAGAAAAAUGUUUUAUUUUAAUUUUCGCUGGAAAUAAACAAUAGAAAGUAAAGGAAA